CUUUUACAAUGAAUAAACAUUCAUUUGGAAUCUUCACGAACAACCGUUUAGUACUUUGAGUGACCAACGAUUGCGCGCGUAUCAAAUCGAAGUGUUUUGGCGGGUUCGUUUGGUUUCGCCGGUCAGUACAGAAGUAGGGUUGCUUUAACCAAGUGUUUUUCAAAUUAUACUGCUAUAGGACUGUUCUUCAAAUAUUGUUAUGAAUGCUACGUUGCAUCAAGACAAGUGGGAUGAGAGAGGCUUCGGCGAUGCACCAUUGUGUGCGUUCAAAAAUUCCGGGAGCAAAAGAAACCAUUUAUACUUUGAAGGUGAAAGGGAUGUUUGUAAAAAGCCGAGAUUAUCUGCUAAAGGGCAAGAUUGCGUUUCGACUGUCAGUUCGAAGAUUGCAAACCGCGAACGCACUGAUGCCAAUGGAUACCAAAAACAUUUAGGCAAUAAAUUGCCGCUAAAAAAGGAAUAUGAGUUAAUGAAUGAUCCUACACAAAACCACGUAAUAACUAUUCAUGAAACCUACCAACUUGGUUUCCUGAAUAUAAUGGAAAACAAUAGUGAGAGAAAGCUAUAUACUUUUGACUUCGUGGAUAGCUUGGAAGUCACUUAUCCGGUAAGUAUCACUUCGUCGGACGCCUUGCCUAUUGAUCUCCCUCCUCUUUUCAUGGAACCGGAGUACUCCGAUCAACUUACAGCCCUCGCCAACGAUGCUCUCAAUCAACUUACUCAACGUAUUAAUAAUUGGUUGGUUGCUUGUCAAGAAUCGGAUGAGAAAUUGACACUUUGGCGGCAUAUGAGCGCACACCGAGCAUCUGCAGAGCUUAGAUAUCAAACCCUUCGCCUCCUGAAUAUACUUGAACCCCACUUCCAGCACACUAAAUUUGAUCCUCAAUCUCCCAACGUCGAUAAACUUUUUUCCUACAUUUUAAAAAACUUGGAAUUAGGUCAUUCUGCUGAAAGUACUGAGGAAUUGGAUUUCCCAAAAAAUAAUCCCGUCGUUUCUUUAUGCCCAGAUCCUGAACACUGCCUCAGUAAUUUACGGCAUAUUGUGCUAAGUCUUUUGCAAAAGCUCCUCCCACAGUUGGUACUCCCAAAAGAUUUUAAUUCUAAAGAUGAUUUAGUUCCACUUAUCAAUUCAGCUUGUGUUUAUAAUUUAGAUGUGUGAUAUGAACAUCAAGAACUUAUGACCACGUUUUGAUGGAAAAUUAAAGUGUACAUAUUACUUAUUAUUUUUAUGUGUAUUUUGUGCUAGCUCAUCAAAUUUCAUAGAUUGUGGUUCUGCCACUAUGUAAAUAAUUUUUUCACAAAUAAAGAUAUAUUUUAUGCA